CGGAAUGUGCGGCUUCUGCAAUUCGUAAUUGCGCAUACUUAUCUAUCGCUCGCUCGCAUUCGAACGAUUUCCGCGCGACGACGAGAACACGCAGGCACACGUCGGGGCGCGGUAUAGUCAGCGCUUUUAAACGGCGGUCGUUGGAUCGAUUUUUCCUCUGCCACCUGUGUACUGUCACACAGUCGACCGCACACUCAUACAUAGAGAAAGGUAAAAGCUGUGUGCGGGGGCUAAUGGCAAGGUGAAGUCGAGCUCGUGCAGUACGCCGCCGUAAUUCGGUGGCAAGGUGCCGCGCGUCGUCGGGAGAACGGGCUUACUCGCUUCCGCGCUUCAUGCGCUCACGCAUAAUUAAAAAUAAAUGAUCGCGUGGAACUGCGUACCGACCACGGCCGUUAUCUGACGCGUUCGAGUUUAUUCGCGGUUUCUCUAAAACAAAAAAGGAGCGGACGUUCCCGCAUUUUUUAUCGCGGAUGGUGUAACGCGCGGUUACCUCGGCGCGCGUUGUCAUUCCCUUUAAUAUUACAAUUAAUCGGGAUUCCUGUGCCACUCUCGUUCGGAUUGUAAAUACACGGGCAUAUCGGCGCGUACUUACCCACCUGUUCAUCGGAGGACGGGGGGGAAAAACACUACCACGUUCAUGGUGACGUCAAUCGGAUAACUCGCUCGUACUUCGCAUUCGAGGAAAAGCGAUGAUCGUUCGCACGGGAAGCGUGAAGCGAAAUUUAGUAGGCGUCGAGAAACGUUCCCUUUCCGGUACGAAAGCUUCCCCGAGAUCCUCUUCGCUGAUAAGGCAAACUACAGAACGAAGUUUCACUUCUGAACGAUGAAAUUUAAGCAUCGAUCGAGAGAACUUUAAUUCUUUAAUUGUUUUCGUUCUCUUAUAUCGAUGUGAAAGCGUCGGGGGACUCGAGGGGGUGAACUUACGGAUGUGUUCGCGGAAGAGGGUCUAUCGUCGGCGGAAAAUACGAUAAUGCUCGCUCCGCGACGCGAGCAGCUCGCGAAGGACUUUCGCGAUUUGUGAAAAUCACGAUAUUGAUAAAAAUUCGUCAUGAAGUGGAAGAGAGGACCGUGCGAGUUUCUGUCGCAGAAAACAUUCCUCAUAAUAAAGGAUGACUUGGAUAUUUCGAAAGAUACGACCGACGCGACUAAGACAACAAGCGGCAAGAAGGCAGCGUCGAAAAAUGCGGCGCACACCGGCACCUGGCCGCCGAAGGUGAAGCGCGUGAUGUUCCGCGAGGAGGAGCCGGAGAGGCCGAAGACGGCGAAUCUCACGAAGCCGAGUGUGCUGGACCCCGCGCUCGUGGACAAGCUCGACAUGUCGUUGCUCAGUAAGGAAUUGCUCUGCGACUCGAUGACGCGUUUCCAUCGGUCGGCCACGAACGGCAAGCCGGUCAGUGGGGGCACGACAUCGUCGUCGUCAUCGUCAUCGCUGUCGUUGCUGCUGCCGUCGCCGCCGUCGACGACACGGCGACGCAAGAGCGCCGCCGUCAACAUCGCGACGACCACCACCUGGCCGUCUCACGACGGCGUUCCAGUGUGUCGUCAGCGACGGAGCUUCGAGCAGAUUCACGAGCCGCGGGUCGCAGCGGGCCAAAUGGAGGAGAUCGACGGAUCGCGAUCGUCCGCCGGAAGUCGGAAGGCCACGUCGCCUGCAGCCGCCGCGACGCUGGAGCAUGCGUCCGCCAAACAACGGAACUUCGACAACAGGAGGCUCGACGAUAACAAUAAUAAAAACAGUCCGCCCAAAAUGCUGUCGACGGUGAAGAAGAAGAACUCGCGGACCGGUCUACCGAAUGAUUUGGAAAUAUUCACUGCCGCCGGGAACACGUCGGCGAAAAGCGCGCCGGAGCCCUGCAAGUCCUGCGGACGUCCGGAUCAACCGGAAAGAUUUCACAGUCAUCCGAAGGGCAGUCAGACCAAAAUCAAGGAUCUCCCGACGCCGACGACGAAACCGAAGCCCGCGGUGCCGGCGGUACCAAAGUCCACGCAGAAGCCGGUGGCGAUGAACUUCCGCAGCGACCGGAACAAGAAUAAGCUGGAUGAGGCCGAGGCGAGGUCGAAUCCUCAGAACUAUCCCUCUCAGGACGCGGAUCAGACGCAGGGCAGAUUGUUGUCCGCGCCGGGCAGACGGGGCCCCAGGAGCAUCACGUGCUACGUGUGCGGUCGGGAAUUCGGCACCGCCAGCUUUCCCAUACACGAGCCCAAGUGCAUGGAGAAAUGGGAGCGUGAGAAUAAUAUGAUGCCUGCGUCUCAAAGACGGCCCAGACCGCAAAGACCCACAGUUGCGAUCGAGACCAACGAGUGGAACGCAGCCGCAUGGGAACAGAGUCAGGAGCAAUUAGUUCCGUGUGCGAAGUGUGGGAGGACGUUUUUGCCGGAGCGCUUGCCGGUCCACGAGAGAAGCUGCAAAGCCGUGCCGAAGAAUAACGAACGACUGGCCACGGCGACGAUCUCGCGUAAUGGGCCGCCCACUGUUCCAUGUCGUGUCUGCGGUCGAAGAUUCGGUACUAGAAGCAUCAAGAUUCACGAGCCGCAGUGCAACAGGCGAUGGCAGGCGCAGAGCGAUUCGAGCCAGCAGGAACGUCCAGCCUCCUACAGGCAGCAAUCAGCCAGCAGUGGACAGGAAAAUUCAUCGUCGAUGUAUCCAGAAGUGCCGCAAAAGAAAACAGUUACGUGUUACAUCUGUGGCCGAGAUUUCGGAUCCUCCAGUAUCGCCAUUCACGAGCCCCAGUGCUUGAAGAAGUGGCAUGCCGAGAAUGACAAGCUGUCGCCGGCUCGAAGAAGGAAGGAGCCGCAAAAACCUGAAAUUAUAUACAUACAGGAUCCCCACACAGGUGAUAAGGUGGUCGACCAGACAGCGACGGCGGAGGCCAACUGGAUGACGCAUCUAAGCCAGCUGGUGCCCUGCAAGCACUGCGGCAGGACCUUCAAUCCCGAACGCGUGGAGAUUCAUGAGAAGAGCUGCAAAGGGAAGAGUUAAGAGUCUGUCGAUUCUCACUCACGUUUUUAACGUCAGAAUAUAUUACGCUAAUCAAGUAUCGCUUGUAUUUCAAUUCUAGAAGUGAUUCUGUGGUUUUAUAUGAAUAUCAAAUUUAUUUAUAUAUAUAUAUAAUAUCGACUUGUGUAACAUAUAGCUUUCAUAUGAAGAUUCACAAUUUUUUUACUUGAAACUUGCUUCUAUUUAGAUUAACUUUGUUAAUUGACAGAUGACAUGUUAUAUUGAUAAAAUAAUUCGCGAUUUUCUGUUUCGUGGAAGCACUUGGACUGUAAAAGUGAGCGAUAAUCUAAGACUUAAUUAAUAUAUAAUAUACGGCACUCGACGUGCACUUUGCGUGAAUACACAAAUGUUGUUAGACGUUACGGAUCAGCGCAUAGUUAUAACGCAAUUUAAAUUGAAUCAAUUACACAAAUUAAUUAUCAAUUUAUUGUAUAUACGUGUCCGGGGUUAUCUCCACUCAGCCGGUUCGCGGUACCGAUUCAUUUCGUCGAUAUUGACAUCCUAGAUCUGUUCCUUGUAGCUGCGUUGUGUAAGUUGUGUUGUACAUUUUGUACCUAAAAAAAUAUCAAUUAGACAAUCGAGAGAGAGAGAGAGAGAGAGAGAGAGAGAGAGAGAGACAGGUUACAACGAGAAACUCGACAUCGAGCGAUAAUUCGCAAUAUUGUCUUUGUAACUGCAGCUCAAACGAGAAAGUUUUUUUACAAAAUAAAGUCAAAGAAGGAACUCACACACA